CAGCUGAACAGGUGAGAGGUUGCCUGCCAGUCUGCACUGAUCUCUGCUGCUAUUUUACUUCUCAAUCAUCCUUCUCACACCUAUGGCUUCCUUGGGUUUGUCUUUUCUACUACAGGUUUAUGGAGCGAGGGGGAAGGAGAGGGCUUUGUGUGUUGGGAGUCCUGAGGCUGUCUUCUGGUUUCUAAAGGAAGAUGCAAAGUGUGCUGCUUAAAUAGUGAAUCUCAAACUAACCCUGAGAAAUGGCUUAGGAGAUUUCCGCUGUAGCUCAUCAGUGCUUCUGAUCCUGGGUGUCUGAGAUGGAGGUAGUAGGUCUUGAGAGCAUAAUGCCAAUUACAAUUCCAGUUUCAGACAGACUUAAUGUAUCUCUGAGUGCUAACACAGUAUCACCUCCAAGAGAAGCUCAGCUGCUGGAUGAGUGAAACUGCAAGGCUUGAGAUUGUGCUUGAAGCUUUCUAUUUGGGGAGCAGCUACUCUAGAGUACUUCAUCUCUGCAAAUCCUUGUACCUCAUGCUCUAAAUGGGACAGGGAGUUUGAGUCCUCACAGUGAUUUAUGGUGGGAUGCAUCGUGCUUGCUGUGCACCCAUCCUGCUGGAGGAGCUCUGCCUGGGGUGUUGCCUUGUUCUCCCAUCAGCCUCCCCUCUACUGUUGUGCAGUUGUGAUCAACUGCUGUGGGUACAUCACUGAGUCAAAAUGGAAGGUGCUGUGCUGCAGUCUUGGCCCCAGGGUUUCGACAGACAUAGCUCAAUGCCUUUUUAUUUCCAGCGGGAGUAGACUUGUGAUGCUGUGGAUGAAAAGAGGAAAAAAUGAUAGAGCAAAAAGCAGCAUCACUUUGUCUUGCCAUGAAAAGUACUGAUUGAAAUGGUAUGCAGUGAUCUUUGGUUUCUGGGCUGUUCAAUGCUGUACUUUUGGCAGUGCUUCCCCUUUUACUUUCACUUCAGCACGUGGGAUAAUGGCUACAGAAGCAGGUACACAUACACAGGGUGCCAGGCAGUUGACCUCAUCUCAGGGAUGUGUAUGUUGAGCUGAUGCGAGAGAGCGCACCACGUUUUGUGUUGGAAGGGAGGCAGGCUGUCAGCUCCAUUCCUCUCUCCAAAUAAUUUGAGGUGAAGGAAUUUGAGGCAAAAUAGUUACUAUGUGGGCAAGCUGCUGUAACUGGUUCUGCCUGGAUGGCUCACCUGAGGAGAUGCAGGCACCGCAGGGAGCCCGUGCCCAAGCCUACUCCAACCCUGGGUACAGCUCCUUCCCAUCACCCACUGCUUCUGAGCACAGCUGCAAAGCGUGCGGGCUGCACUUCGACAGCUCCUUGAGGAAGCAUAUCUGCUUGGACUGUAAGAAGAACUUCUGCACAUCCUGUUCCAGCCAGCCUGAAGGUGGUCCCCUGCUCUGCCACCUCUGUCAGCGUGUCCGAGCCACAGCUUUCCAGCGGGAAGAGCUGAUCAAGAUGAAGGUGAAGGACCUGCGGGACUACUUGGCGCUCCGUGAGAUCUCCACUGAGCUGUGCCGUGAGAAGGAGGACCUGGUGUUCCUGGUUCUUGGCCACCAACCAGCACUUAGCCAGGAGGAACAGAUGAGAACAAACCCAUUUAAUACUAGUGCCUCUGGACAGCAAGACUUUGUGAUUCUCCCACCACCCAGCACAGCCACUCCUACCUCACACAACACGUCCCCAGUGUCUGCAGAUCCCAUCUCAAGCUCACUAGCUCAGGAACACCAAGAGGAAAUUGGGUAUGUGCCUCCAAGCCAAGUUGGUAUGACAGGAGUUGAGAAUGCAGCAGAAGCACCAACAGAGGAGGAGACACAGUCUACUGACUCAGAAGAUAACCUGGUGCAGGGGAGGAAGGCUUCUCUUUCUGACCUGACAAGCAUAGGAGACAUCAGUGAGUUGUCUGUGCGACAGCUGAAGGAAAUCCUUGCUCGCAACUUUGUCAACUACAAAGGCUGCUGUGAAAAGUGGGAGCUGCUAGAGAGAGUGACUCGCCUUUAUAAAGAAAAAGACCUUCAGCAUCUGGUUUCUGACACCGAUGAUCAAACUGGUGGUGCUGGGCUCACUGCUGUGGAGGACAACCUCUGCAAAAUCUGCAUGGACUUGCCCAUAGACUGUGUCCUGCUCGAGUGUGGCCACAUGGUCACUUGCACCAAGUGUGGAAAGCGAAUGAGUGAGUGUCCCAUAUGUAGGCAGUACGUGAUAAGGGCUGUCCAUGUCUUUAAGUCUUAAGUAAGCGUAAGGGAGACUGGUGAUGCCUUAAAGCCUCAUCUGCUGUUAGAGAAACAGGCAAAGUUGCUACAACAAAUUAGGUCAGAGAUUAAGAUACAGGCCCUGCUGGAAGUGAGGGAAGGAUGAAGCCUGGGGAAUUGCCUACUCAAGCCAUGUUUGCCUGUGCCCUUUCCACCACGUUGUUUUACACCACAGUGCCUGGACUCCCUGGAGCUUAUUGCCAGCAGCAGACAAAUAAUUAGCAACUUCCAUUCUAGAGUAACUGGAUCCACAGGUGGGAGACAAAUGGAUGCCUCACUUUUCACCAUAGAUCCUGAAAGGUUCCUAUUUUUUUGCUGAACAAAAAUCAGAGCAGGCUGUUGUCUCAAAAAGUGACAUGUUUUGCUGCUAUUGAAUACUGACUCUACUUCCAUUGUGUUGGGCAACACACCCACAGACAGCUUAGUUUUCAAGGAAUAAAAUCCUACUUUUUUUUAUCCCCUAAAUUUAUUAGCUUCUCUUGCUUGCAGGCCAGGUAGAUUGCCUCCAAUUUCCAUCUUGAGAAUUCUAGCCUAGUAGGAUUAUGGAGAAGAUGUAUUGUUUUGUUUGAAGGUGGGCUCUAGAUUACAGGAAAAAAUAAUGGGUAGUGAAAGACUGUGAAACAUAGAGCUUUACCUUGCCUGGUAUUCAUUGUUUGUGCCAACAGGACAGGGACGUGCAGUCUGUUGGUCUGUUUGACUUUGUAGGUUUCCUUAUAAUACAGGUCAGCAAUCACUUCAUGUGAUUAAGGAGCUGAGAAUCCACAGCUGGAGUAUUUUAGAUUUUGUGAACUAGAGUAAGAUUUCUAUUGCUAUACAAUCAUAGUUAAGUACAGGUGACUGAAAGAAAGCAGAGGUGGACUUUUAUCUCCCUUGAAUCAAUAAAAUGAGGAGUGAUCUUCAGUGCAGAAGCUUCUGUUUACUAUGGCCCUGCAGCAUUAAGACUGCUUAGCAAAAGUGUGUAUUUUGUGAUCGUUCUGCUUGUGAGGGUGGAUAAGGUCUGUGGUGUGACAGCUGACAAUCACGAGCCCUUGGAGCAAUCCUUGGGAAGAGUUUGUUCUCUGGGAAGCCUUGCUAGAGAGAAUGGAUUGGCUUGUGUUGGCCUGCAGGUGGCUGGUCCAUUGGGCUCAAAGUUUCAGAAUUUUGAUGCCUUACAUUUUCUGCCACCAUGGGGCUGCCUACUCAUUCCAAGUAACUUUUGAACCUGAGCACCUUCUGCUGUGAGCUUUUCCUGCCCAACUUUCCCUUUUAUCACAUGGAUCAAACUAAAUCUUUGUGUGGGUGUCAAGAGUGGAUUGGCAUAAAACAUGUGUUGACUUAAAGCUGCUGGAGUAGUGGAAAUGCAGUUACAGAAGCAUCAUUAAAGCCAUCCUACGAUCUAUUAAAGCAAUGCUGGGUUACAGCAAAUCAACUUCUGCAAUAUUUGAUGUGCAGUUUUUAAAGCUGCAUGAGUGGCAACACCCUCGGCUGGCAUAGAGCAGAGGGGCUCUGCUUUACAAGUAGGGAUUAUAGACUUAAAAUGAAGGUGUCCAUCAUGCCACAGCUAACAACCUCUAUAUCUAUACUGCUGAGGUGGCCUCUGAACUUCCUGAUAAAAGCAGGACAGCUGUUGUGGCUUAUACAACUGAAAAUGCUGAGUUUUCUCCCCCUGUUCAGGUGGUUCUCUAGUAUUUGGCUUGAGGUUUAUCAGCUUCCAGCAUGAGGACUGAUACAAUUCAAUGCAUCAUGUUAAAAAAAGAAGUGCAGGUCAGCAUUAACUGUUGACUCUUCAGGAGAUUCACAGGGAAAUCUUUAAGAGAUACAGAGAACACACAAAGCUUUGAACAGUCUCAUUAGUAAAUUCACUGUGAGAAUUCAUGUCAUUUGUCAAUAACUCAGGACUGGGGGUAUAGAGCCAGAUCAUUCCCCUGGGGGCAGAUCUGCUUUUACAGGGUAGAUUUAUUUUCUAUGUAUGGUAAAUAUAUUUAAGCUGCAAAUCAAUGACAGAAAUUUUAUGAAUGAGAAGAGGUACCCAUCUGAGGUCUGAGAUGUGCUUUCUGAAGGGAAAAGCACCUUCUGACUACACUGUUUUGCUUGUUAAAUCAAAAUCUGGAAGACUCGUUUAAUAAUCCAAAGGAAUAUAGUGAUCUGAACUAAUAAAGUAAAUGGGAAUAUUUAUGUGCUUUAUGUAUGCUGUACAUAGUUUAAAUAUUUUAAAGUUAAUAUUCUACUUGAAAUGGCAUGUUAUUCUCUAUUAAAUCCUCUCGGUACUAUGAUAGUUAAACUUACUAGUUUUGGUACGGAAGCUUGGUUUAUAAUUUUAUAAUAAAGUUGAAAUGUGAUUUAGUUAA